UCCGCCAGCUGCUGCGGGCUCAGGUGGCUGAUCACAAGUUCAGCCCCGGGGCAGACCCCACCCCCAGGGAAGGCACUGCCGGAUCCCAGGAGGCCAGCGCUGGGAUCUGCCAGCCGGCCGGGGCUCGGCCGCCCUCUGCCAGCUCAAAGUCACCUUUGCUCCAACUCCUCAGCUGGCCAGAGCCGGCCCCGAACCCCCUCCGCUCAGCUCAGCAGGAACCAGGAGCCGGCCCCCAUUGGGCAAUUAUUAAUCAGAUUCUUGACAUUCCUCCGCCCCAGGUUGGCUUGGGAAACAUGCUCCCUGAAGGAGGAGGAGGAGCUGCGGCCCAGGACUGGCAUUUGGACAUGCAGCUGACGGGCAAGGUGGUGCUGUCCGCGGCCACCCUGCUCCUGCUGACCGCAGCCUACCGCCUGUACAAGUCAAGGCCUGCCCGAGCCCCGCUGUGGGGCAGGAGCACCAAGGCCAAGGCCGAGGAGGAGGCAGAAGGCUCCGGGCAGCCGGAAGCCCAGGGGGCUGCUCCCGGGGCACCCCAUCGGGGCCUGAGAUGUCGGAGCGGAAACAAGGGGCCUGGAGUACUGUUGGGCGGCAGCUGGGAGAAUCCGGGGGGCUCCCAGGUCCUGGGAACCCCUUCCAGCAACUUGGAAGCCGGAGAGACUUGGAAGCCUGAGAGGAAAGGAGCUGGUGAGGACGAGAGUUGGCGGUGCCUGGAGUCCGGCCUGGCACCUCCUCGCUGCGGUGGCCAGGACGCCGGAACAGCUGCUGGCGGUAAGCCCGAACUGCCCCACCGCCCCCCUCUGGGCAGUGAACCCAAAAGCUCCCCAGCUGUCCUGGCUGCGGUGGACGGCAGCGGCGUGGGGGGUGGGCCAGCUCCGUGGCAGGACGGCGGGCUCCCUGAGCAGCCAGGGGCUGGGGAGCAGGCGUCCCCCCUCCAGCCCUGGAUGGCCCACUGGGAAGGCAAGACUGAAAUGAGCCAGAGCUGGGUCCUCACCCACGUGCUGGAGGCCUGCAGGGAAGAGGUGGGGGCCCUCCGGGCCGCCUCCAACAUGGGCCUGGCCCUGCAUCAGCAGGAGGGGGCCACCAACGCCUCCUACACCUUCUCCUCGGUGGCCCGGGUUCGAGUAGAGGAGAGUCUCCUACAGGAGAAGGUGGCGGGGAUGCGGCCCAGGCUGCAGGGCAAGGUGUACGAGUACUACGUGGAAUCUACCUCCCAGGCCACCUCCAGAGGCAGGCUGGCCCCCAGGACCGCGGCCCUGGCGAAGGCGCCACCUCCUCUGCCAGGCCCCCUGGGAACAGGGACAGUCCCCAGAGGCCUUGACGAUGACAGAGAAGGGGGAGCCGAUCCAGCCGCCUCCCCCCAGCCGGUGCUGCCCCCCACGGGGGGCUUCAGCAGGAAGGAGAGCCUCCUUCAGAUCGCGGACAACCCCGAGUUCCAGCUGCAGCUCCAUGGUUUCGAGAGCCCCACUCCAUCCGGCACAGACCAGACCGCCCCAUCCAGCCCCCCCAUAUCCGAGGAGCCUCUGGAGUCCAGCGCAGCCGGGAGCAGCGGGGACCCCCACCUGGAGCUCGUGGCCAGGACCAACUUCUUCCACCUCCCUCUCACCCCAGGGUCAGCCCCUGAUGUCCGCCUGGACCUGGGCAACUGCUAUGAGGUGUUGACCUUGGCCAAGAGGCAGAAUCUGGAGGCGCUGAAGGAGGCUGCCUACAAGGUGAUGAGUGACAACUACCUCCAGGUCCUGCGCAGCCCGGACAUCUACGGGCGCCUGAGUGGGGCCGAGCGGGACCUGGUCCUCCAGAGGCGGCUCAGGGGCCGCAAGCACCUGGUGGUGGCCGACGUGUGCCCCCAGGAAGACGCUGGCCGCCUCUGUUGCUAUGACGAUGAGCAGGACGCCUGGCACCUGCUGGCCCCUCUGCCCCCGGAGGCUGUGUCCCGCGGCUGUGCCAUCUGCAGUCUCUUCAAUUAUGUGUUCGUGGUGUCCGGGUGCCAGGGGUCCGGGUGCCGGCCCUCCAGCCGGGUCUUCUGCUACAACCCUCUGACGGGCAUCUGGAGCGAGGUGUGCCCGCUGAACCAAGCCCGGCCGCACUGCCGGCUGGUGGCCCUGGACGGCUACCUGUACGCCAUCGGGGGCGAGUGUCUGAACACAGUGGAGCGCUACGACCCUCGCAUGGACCGCUGGGCCUUCGCCCCUCCCCUCCCCAACGACACCUUCGCCCUGGCGCACACGGCCGUGGCGUGCGCCGGGGACAUCUUCGUCACGGGCGGCACGCUGCGCUACCUGCUGCUCCGCUUCUCGGCCCCGGAGCAGCGCUGGCAGGUCGGGCCCACGGGGGGCGGCAAGGACCGCACGGCCGAGAUGGUGGCGGUCGACGGCUUCCUCUACCGCUUCGACCUCAACCGCAGCCUGGGCAUCAGCGUGUACCGCUGCAGCGCCAGUGCCCGUCUCUGGUACGAGUGCGCCACGUACCGGACGCCCUACCCGGAUGCCUUCCAGUGCGCCGUGGUGGGCGGCCUCGUCUACUGCGUGGGGCGCCGGCGCACGCUCCUCUUCCUGGCUGACAACAUCUCGCCCAGGUUUGUGCCCAAGGAGCUGCGCAGCUUCCCCUCCCCGCAGGGCACCCUCCUGCCCACGGUCCUGACCUUGCCCAGCCUCCAUGUGCCUCAGACCAGGGUCUAGCUGCCCCUCUGCUGGGCUCCUCCUGCCAAGCCGGAGGCAAAGAGCACCCCCUGCCCACCGCUCCAUGGGCCGUUUCUGGGAGGCCAGGCGGCCAGGAGCUGGGCUGCAGAAGGUGAAGUCCAGUCCUACCUCUGUCAGUGGCUGGGCUCCCAGAUGCUUUGGUGCCAGCGGGCUGCAGAGGGCGAUGGUGAGAUAGAGCUAGAGGGCCUGGUGCUCCAGGGCUGAGGGCAGCCACAUCUCCCGGGAUGGCUUCCAGUCUGAAUUGGGGGGAUAGAGGUGGGGGGGCUCCAGGACCCUAGCAAACUUUAGGGGCACAGCUUUAUCACAACCACGAUUCAGGUGCCAGUUGACCCCCAGUGACCCCUCAAGCUGAGCCCGGGCCUCGUUACCGGCUAGAGCAGGUGUGCUCCUCUCUCUGGAGCUGGGCCACCGAGAUAGGAGGAGAGGGCUCAGGGGGCCUGCAACGACUACCUGGGGGCAUGAUGGUCAGGUUCAGUUACAGAAGCAGAGGCCAGGACUAUUCCUGUGCUGGAGGCGCCUGCCCGACAGGAGAAUGGGCAAUUCUGAAAAAGAUACAUAAGUAAAUAGAAGCCAUGCCGGAUUCGAGCCACCGAGACAGCUAAGCAGGCGAGCGGGAUAGUGUGAGCAGGCCUUCCUGAUCAGAUACACUGAGCAGAGACCUGAGUGCAAAUCCGGGGGCCUGCAAUGGUGGCUCAGGGCCCGGGAAGCCUGGCCUCGCACCUGGAGCCUUUGUCACAUGGGCGGGAGAGGCGGGUCCGCCUCCUAGGAGCUCCAUCUGGGAGCCCAGCUAUUCUGCUGCAGCCCCUCACCUAACGGAGAGAAUCCUGUCCCGCUGACAUUUAUAAGAGAGGUUCCUUGCAUGGGUAGAAACUGCUUUCCCAAGAGAAAAGCCGUGUUCGCACAUUCAGAGAGGAGAGUCCAAAUAAUCACCAGGACAUCCCGGCCGCCGUGGCUAGGUGUGUGGCUGGGUGUCAGGCGGCCCACGUGACACCAUGGGCUCAGGGUCAAGGGUUUCCAUCUGACCUUGGUGAGUAGCGGGUCUGCCCACCUGCGGCCCUCAGCCUCAGAGUGGCCUGUUUGUCAAAGAAAGCUUAUCCCUGGGCCAUCUGCUUUCCAAUAAGAGUUCUUUCUUCUUCAGGGGAAAAAAAAAAAAAAAAGAAUGUUAAGUUUGGGUUGCUUUUUACAUUAGGCCAACCAUGCCGUUAUAGAAAAAUUGGAAAAGAGAGAAAAGUAUGAAAAAAUUUCCCCAAUGAACCCCUGCUGCGACGCGGGUCUCUCCGGCCUGUCCCUUCUGCGUGUGAUUUCGGGCGGGCUUGAUUCUGGCCUAGGUGUGAUUAUGCUGAAUUUACAAUUCGGUCCUGCUUCCUUUUGGCACCUCACUUUUGACAAUAAGCAUUUUCCCGUGUUAUUACAAACGCUCGGUAAACAUCAUUUCCAUCGUUGCACAAUAUUCCACCCACUGGCUGCACCACGGUUUAUUUAAGAUCCCUCCCCCACCCGCCUCCCCCGUUGGGCUUGUAGAUUUUUUUUUCUGUUGGUUUCUUUUUCCAUCAUAAAUAAAACGCCCCUUGUUUUCCUGUU